CCGAUUCCACUGUCAAUGAGAUCACUUAGUUUGUGUAAUUAUUGUAUCAACGUUUUGGCGCUAGAACUCUACUAUUAACACUUCCUGCUAACAAUUCCAAUGACAACCAAUCACCUGAGAUUCACAAUGGUUCGUACCAGAUCUAAAACCACCGCUGGAAACCACGACAAUGCGGAAGUCGCCCACUAGGAGGUACAUUAGGAUGCUGCUGCACGCUGAUCACCAGUGCCGCCGACGUAGCAGGUCUCAAAUCAACCCGGGUAGGGACCUCGAAUCCUGAAAACGUCUGACUGAUGGAGAUGAUAAGAACGGUGGUUGCAUAGGCCGUGCCACAGAACGUGAUUGAAUUAAGAAACGAGCAACCAGCCAAUCGGGACCUCGAUCAGACACGGUUCACAGAGGUGACUCCAACGGGUUACUGAUUUACUUGGGAAGUAUCCAGAUCUUAUGGCUGAAUUCAAUCAUUUCUUCGAGCGUUGUGAGAAUAUUGAUGGAUUCCUUGCUCGCGUGAUGAGUAAAACUCUAAAUUUAAGGUGUGUUGAGCGUUUGUAUGGUGAUCAUGGUCUUGAUAUGAUGGACAUAUUGUGCAAAAAUCCAGCUCUUGCACUACCAGUUAUCUUAACUCGUCUGAAGCAUAAGCAAGAUGAAUUGACUCGGCGUUGUUCAGAUUUUAACAAGGUUUGGGCUGAAAUAUAUGCUGAAAACCAUUACAAAUCGCUUGAUCAUCGCAGUUUCUACUUCAAGCGACAAGAUUCAAAGAACUUGAGCACCAAAUCUUUGGUGGCUGAAAUUAAGGAGUUGAAAGAGAAUAAACUGGCAGAGGACAAUGUUCUUUUUGCUAUUGCUGCUGGACACCAGCAACCUGUAAUUCCACACCAGGAAUAUGUAUACUCUUACCUCAGCAUUCAUGAAGAUUUAUAUAAACUUGUUCAAUAUUCAUAUUCAUGUGAAGAGAUGUGCUCCAUCAAGGAACGGGUGAAUAAGGCAAUGAAGCGAUGGACUACCUUCUUCAACAAACUGAAAAAGAGCUAAGUUAAUAACCCCAGACGAGACUGUGUUGAUAAACCUUACUUCUUCAUCCAUGAAUGGCUCAUCUUUCAAAUCAAGCUUGGAUUUAAACCCCAGAAGAGAUGAUGAUGAUGAUGAUCUAAGAAAGAGCAAGGCAGAUGACUACAAGAUCAAGUUGCCAGCGCCAUUGUUUAGAAGAUUGUUCACGUUGAAUCUACCAGAACAGAAGCAAGCAAGCUUGGGUUGUUUAAGUGCAAUCUUGUCCGGUGCUGUGCAACCUGUUUAUUCCUUUAUCACUGGGUCUACGGUAAAUGUUUUUUUCUUAAAAGAUCACUGAUGAGAUUAAGGAGAAAGUUAGCAGUGUUCACUUCAUUGGUUAAUUUAUGCCAACAUUACAAUUUUUCUUACAUGGGUGAACGCUUAACCAAGAGGAUCAGAGAGAGGAUGCUUUAAAAGAUACUCACUUUUGAAGUUGGAUGGUUUGAUAAAGAUGAAGCAUCUAGUGGUCCUAUUUGCUCCCGACUAGCAAAAGAUGCAAAUGUAUGAGAGAACUAUUUGAAAUAUGUGACGAAUUAACUCUCUGAAUCUGUGACAGCUCCCAAAAUUUUUGGCCAAUGCUGCAACAUUUAUUGGAAGCUAUGUGGUAGGAUUCUUGAUGUCAUGGAGGUUAACCAUUGUUAUAUUUCCCACUGCUCUGCUUCUGGUGAUUCCUUGAAUGAUUUGUGGAAGAGCUGUGAUGGAUUUAGCAAGGAAGAUGGCAGCAGAGUACAACAAGGCUGGAAAAAUUGCGGAACAGGCAAUCUCUUCUAUAAGAACUGUUUAUUCAUUUGUUGGUGAAACCAAAACCAUCAACGAUUUCUCUUCGGCCCUUGAAAGCUUAGUCAAUUUGGGGGUAAAGCAAGGCUUGGCUAAAGGCUGGGCUGUUGGAAGCAACAACAUCAUUUAUGCAAUUUGGUCUUUCUUAGCUUAUUACGACGGUAGAAUGGUCAUGUGCCAUGGUGCUAAGGGAGGAACUGUCUAUGCUGUGGCCGCCGCCAUUGCUGUUGGUGGCCAGUAAGUAUUACCUUUUGACUUAACAGAAAACACGAAAAUACAAUUAAAAAGAAUAUCACACACACACACACACACACACACACACACACAUAGAUAUAUAUA